AUGGGUGUUUGGGGAGGGGGUGUAGAAAAGCCAUUCAAAUACACUGAACCACAGAAAGAAAGAUUUAAAUUAAUAGAAGAAGAAUCGAAAGCUGACCGAAAAGUGCCGACACAGCCAUUGGCCUACUUUUCUGUUGACGGAAGGAUUACGAGAUAUAAUCUGCGAAAACUGGCAGAACUUCCCUAUCAUCUGAUUCGAGCCAAAAGAUUCAAUGACUUAUUGAAAACAUUCCCUAAUAUGAUUGGUCCACAAAUUCUGGCCAGACUUCUAUGUCUUAGAGACGACUGUCCUAAUAUACGUAACCUAUUAAAGCAAUGUGACACUAAGGGUGCCCUCCAUUGCGCACUACUUCCGGUCAAUCAUUGUCUUCACACACCGGGAGGUCCUCUCAUAGCUGCCAUUGCGCUGAACAAGAGCCGCACCAUUGUGUUCGUCGGCGACCUCUCAAACAAAGUCUGUUACCACAGAAGGCGAAGAAAUAGAUGGUCGCCGAAGAGACAGCUCUCGACGGAUGACAUUCAGACUGGAAAUCAAUUGCUUUCGUUACAAGUUUUUAAGCAUAAAUUUUUAGUGGCUCUCCAUUUAAGAGGAUUUUAUAUUUGGACCAUUGAUUCGCUGCCAUUGAGUGACAAGUGUCUGUACCUCCCGCUGCCCCACACCGUCCGCAACAUAUCAAUAAAGCCACUCAAGUGCUCCAAUCCUAUAGUAUUUUCAAAGACAAACCAAUACCUGAUGGCAGGCGUCCGCAAAAGUCUCUACAUUUAUUGCCUUCAGAGCUCACAACUCCUGAAGACAUUGGACGCACACUUCGCCAGAAUUGUUCAAAUCAAGUCAUAUAUUGUCGACGAUUUGGAUGCAAUUGUCACCUCGUCUUUCGAUAAGACAAUCAAAGUGUGGAAUAUUAAGAAUCUCUUCGAACGCGUCCACACUAUCGACAAAAUGGAUCUUCCGAUCGAUUCCAUCAGUUUUUCGUCGCAGAAGAAUUUGGCGCUAACUGUCACCAGGAAUUCGGUGGGCAUCUGGUCUCUCGAGAGGGCACAACUGCUCACCACUCUGUCCGACUCCAAGAUCGGAGCCAUUGUCACCCACGCCAUCAUCACAGACGACGCCCGGUAUGUGUUGUCCAUCGAAAACGACAACUUCUUGGUCUGGGAUUUGAAUGAUUUGAAGAUUGUUUUUAAAGAACAAGAAAAUAAUGUAAAGGAUCUCAUUGUAUGUGAUAAUGAUUCUAAAGCUCUGAUUAUCAGACAAGUGUCAGAUGAAAAUGAUGUCAAGAAUAUGGUAAUGUCUGUCAGAGCAGUUCCAACGGGUGACAAAUUAUAUCGUGGCAAAGAGACUGUCGUCGGACUCAUUGGCGGAGAGUUUUCAUACAUAUUGGAUGUCUUAACGCAAAGAGUGAUGACUAGAAUCACGCGAUGGAACGGACAGAUAGACUCUUCGGGCAAAUUCGGACUCUUUGUCCCCCAGAGAGGAGGUCUCGAACUCAUUGAUCUCAAGUACGGAUCAACUCUUAAGGUAUUACUUCCGCACACAUCCGAAGGUGUGGUGCGAGUGAUGACUGGAUUCACAAGCGAUAACUCUUAUGUCUUCUACUAUCAUACCAUGAAAAAGACAAUUCGUAAGGAUUGUGUCAAACAUCUCAAUGAACUGCCGUCUCGUAUGAGCGCAUCCACUCUCACCCAACAGAACCCCUUCAAGACGUGGAGGACUGUCGCCAAACUAGCGGUCAUUGCGGCCAAAACUCAGACACAGGGCUCUCAGACAGACUCAAAGACAUGUGUAUUGAGCUGA